CACGCCUCACGAGGUGCCGCCCUUGCGCGCCCUCCUCACGGCUCAUUUGUGCGCCAACCGCGUCUCAUCGCUUGCUUCGCCCUCUUGCAGCCCGAGACAGCCGUUCUUUCUCCGUCUCGCACUUGCGGCCGAAGCACGACGGUGACCCGAGGUUCAGAGACCUGGGCAAACAGAUAUCGGACGAGAUAUUGUCCUCCUAGUACCGUUUCGAGUCCUCCUGCUUCCCAACCCCGCCUUUGUCCAAACCAUAAUGAUCCACCCGCACUUACACGCCCGCCAGACACGCCAAAGAACCCCAUCGUCCUCGCCCACGGACUGAUGGGCUUCUCCGAACUGCGCCUCGGCGCUUAUGUCCCGCCGAUCCACUACUGGCGCGGCAUCUCCGACUCGUUGAGCACCCUCUCCGGUCCGUCCAACAUCAUCACCACCUCCGUCCCGCCCUCGGGCUCCAUCGAGGAGCGCGCCGCAAAACUGGGCGCCGACAUCGCCGCCAAAGCCGGCGGCCGCGCCGUCAACAUCGUCGCGCACUCCAUGGGCGGGCUGGACGCCCGCUACAUGAUUUCCCAUCUCAAGCCGCGCGAUGUCAAAGUCCUUAGUCUCGUCACCGUAGCGACGCCGCACCGCGGGAGCGCGUUUGCGGAUUAUCUGUUGGAUGGGCAAGGCCCCAUUAAGCUCGCGAAUCUGUACGGGCUUAUUGAGCGUGCCGGGUUGGGGACGCAGGCUUUUGAGCAGCUUACGCAGCGGUACAUGGAGGGAAAAUUCAACCCUGCUACCCCUGACAGCGAUGAGGUGCGGUAUUUUAGUUAUGGCGCGUGUACAGACCGGCCGCCACUACUGAGCCCGUUUCGGCAAAGUCAUUGGGUCAUUGAGGAGGCUGAGGGCGCGAAUGAUGGGUUGGUGAGUGUUGCGAGUAGUCGGUGGGGAAAGUAUCAGGGCACGCUGCUGGACGUGAGCCAUUUGGAUUUGAUCAAUUGGUCGAAUCGGCUCAAGUGGACGUUGCGCAAGGUGUGGAUGGGGCAGACGAGGACGUUUAAUGCUGUUGCGUUUUAUCUCGAUAUUGCGGAUAUGUUGGCCAAGGAGGGUUUAUGA